AUGGUCGAUCGACUCGGUGAGUAAUAAAAUUUCAGUUACAGUUUUCCUCGUUAUGCUCUUUUUUCAGUGAACAGCGAAGUGAACGCACGUCGAAUGGCCAACGUAGAGCAGUGUUUCGGCAAAAUGGGCGAAUCGCUGGCCCAGUUCGGACGGGUCCUCGUGGGAGAAGGCGUGCUCGUGAAGAUGUGCCGCAAGAAGCCGAAGCAGCGACAAUUCUUCCUCUUUAACGACAUUCUCGUCUACGGAAACAUUGUGAUAUCGAAAAAGCGAUACAACAAGCAGCGCAUUCUGCGGUUGGAAGGCGUGCAAGUCGAAGAUUUGGAGGACGACGGCGCACUCAAACACGGAUGGAUCAUCAAAACGCCGGCAAAGUCGUUCGCCGUGUACGCGGCCACGGAAACCGAGAAAAGGGAGUGGAUGCUGCAUAUAGAGAGAUGCGUUUCCGAUUUGCUCGAACGAGGUUCGCGUUCUUCACUCAACGGCUCCAAAUUUGUGUUUCCAGGAAACAAGAGGGCAGCGACAGCUCACGCGGCCGUCUGGGUGCCGGACGGAGAAGCGGUCAAGUGCAUGAUGUGCGGCAAGACGCAGUUCAACCUCGUCCAACGACGUCAUCACUGCCGAAACUGCGGCCGCGUCGUCUGCGGAUCGUGCUCUUCAAAGACGUUCCGAAUCGAUAACGUCAACAAAAAACCCGUGCGCGUCUGUGAUCAUGUGAGAAUAAUAGUUGAUGAAUUCACAAACGAACUGGCGCAUUUUCCAGUGUUUCGACAGUCUGAGCACGUCUGGAAACGGGUCCUCAUCGGAGCCCACCACCGGAAACCGUCUGCACCACGACGAUUCCUCUUCUGACAGCGACGAGGAGGCGAAUCAGAGCGGAAGAUCCAAUGAAAGCCGGGUGAGUGAAAAUGAGUUCGUUUCGAUGUCAUUUCACUUCUCGUUUCAGCCGACGUUCUACCGCGAGGAAGUCCAGCAGCCAAUCGAGUAG